AUGACAGUUCAGGCGCCCGAUCUCGCGGGAUUUUCCGAGCCAGGGGGGAAAGCUGCAGGGGAAGGUAGAGGUAGGGCCUCUGUGAAAGGGAGGGUGAGCGCCGCCUUGCCAGCCUCCACAGCGCUCUCCAGCUCUGCCGCUGUCUGGGACGCCGCCUCCCCUCUCCCUGGACCCUCUCGGGCUUCACCUGUGUUCCCUCUCGUCCGCUGGCGUCGCGCUUCAGGGGGGCGAUGUACGAAGGGCUGCAGGAAGUGGCGUUGGCCUCAGUCUUCCCGCCCGCCUCCUCCUCCAGGUCCUCGGCCGCCUGCCGAGUAUUGUACACAGCCAGGCUGCCCGGCCCCUCCCCCUGGCCAGAUGGAUCCCUCUGCCCCCAAGCCUCGCGCGGAAACCGCCGGCAAAGACAUAUGGCAUCCAGGAGAAAGAUGUCUUGCCCCUUCUCCAGAUAAUGGGACACUUUGUGAAGCAAGCAUAAAAUCUAUCACAGUGGAUGAAAAUGGGAAGUCAUUUGCAAUCAUCUUAUAUUCAGAUUUUCAAGAAAGAAAAGUACCUCUUAAAAGACUUCAAGAAGUAAAAUCUCGUAAAGAUUGCUCCAGGAAUUUUAUAUUUGAUGAUGAAGAUUUGGAAAAACCUUAUUUCCCAGACCGAAAAUUUCCAUCAUCUGCUGUUGCUUUUCCGUUAUCUGAAGAUGGAGUCUCUAUUCCUUAUACUAUUAACAGGUAUUUGAGAGACUACCAAAGGGAAGGAGCCCAGUUUCUCUAUGCACACUUCAUCCAAGGAAAAGGAUGUAUUCUUGGUGAUGACAUGGGACUUGGAAAAACAGUACAGGUUAUUUCAUUUUUGGCUGCAGUUUUGCAUAAAAAGGGAACUCGUGAAGAUAUUGAAAACAACAUGCCAGAGUUUUUACUAAGAAGUAUGAAAAAGGAGCCCCCUUCUUCUAUAGCAAAAAAAAUGUUCUUAAUAGUUGCUCCUCUUUCUGUCCUCUACAACUGGAGGGAUGAAUUGGACACCUGGGGAUAUUUCAGAGUCACUAUUUUACAUGGUAACAAAAAAGACAAUGAACUGAUUCGUGUAAAGCAGAGGAAAUGUGAAAUUGCUCUAACAACUUAUGAAACGUUACGUUUAUAUCUGGAGGAACUUAACAGUUUGGAAUGGUCAGGUGUCAUUGUGGAUGAAGCUCAUAGAAUCAAGAAUCCAAAGGCUAGAAUAACAGAAGCUAUGAAAGCUUUGAAAUGUGAUGUCCGCAUUGGCCUCACUGGAACCAUUCUUCAGAACAACAUGAAAGAACUGUGGUGUGUUAUGGACUGGGCUGUGCCAGGACUUUUAGGUAGUAGGAUCCACUUCAAGAAGCAGUUUUCUGAUCCAGUAGAACAUGGUCAGAGACACACAGCAACAAAAAGAGAACUAGCCACUGGCCGAAAGGCCAUGCAGAGGCUUGCAAAGAAGAUGUCUGGAUGGUUUCUCAGGCGUACCAAGACUCUAAUCAAGGAUCAGUUGCCUAAGAAGGAAGACCGGAUGGUGUAUUGUUCUCUGACAGAUUUUCAGAAAGCUGUCUAUCAAACCGUAUUAGAAACAAAAGAUGUGACUUUGAUACUUCAGUCUUCUGAGCCUUGUAGCUGCAGCAGUGGCCGGAAAAGGAGAAAUUGUUGUUAUAAGACCAAUUCACAUGGUGAAACAGUGAAAACCUUGUAUUUCAGUUACCUUGCAGUCCUUCAGAAGGUAGCUAACCAUGUUGCACUACUGCAGUCUGCUAGCACCUCCAAACACCAGGAAACACUUAUCAAAAGGAUAUGUGAUCAGGUAUUCUCCAAGUUCCCAGAUUUUGUGCAGAAAAGCAAAGAUGCAGCCUUUGAAACCCUUUCCGACCCAAAAUACAGUGGGAAAAUGAAGGUCCUUCAGCAGCUUUUAAAUCAUUGCAGGAAAAACAAAGAUAAAAUACUUCUUUUCUCCUUUUCCACCAAGCUGCUUGAUGUUCUGCAGCAAUACUGUAUGGCAGCCGGCCUUGAUUACCGACGACUUGAUGGAAGUACGAAAUCAGAGGAAAGAAUCAAGAUUGUGAAAGAGUUCAACAGUACACAAGAUGUUAACAUUUGCCUUGUCUCCACAAUGGCUGGUGGACUAGGCCUCAAUUUUGUUGGUGCCAAUGUUGUUGUAUUAUUUGAUCCUACUUGGAAUCCAGCCAAUGAUCUUCAAGCAAUUGACAGAGCAUAUAGGAUUGGGCAGUGCAGGGAUGUGAAAGUGUUUAGGCUGAUAUCUUUGGGAACUGUGGAGGAGAUCAUGUACUUACGACAGGUAUACAAGCAGCAACUUCACUGUGUGGUGGUUGGAAGUGAAAAUGCCAAGCGAUAUUUUGAAGCGGUUCAAGGAUCAAAAGAGCACCGAGGAGAGCUUUUUGGGGUCUAUAAUCUCUUCAAACUAAGGUCCCAAGGGUCUUGUCUUACGAGGGACAUCCUCGAGAGAGAAGGCAAAGUGGAAGCCGGGAUCAUGACGGCCACAACAUGGUUGAAAGAGGAACCUCCCGUACACAAACAAGAAAUGUCUAAAGAGCCUGACUGUCAAGAACAUAGAGGUCUAGAACAACCUGCGGAGUUGCCAACAAAAGAAGCAUGUGAUCCCUGCAGUGAUUUUAGUGAUGAUGAAUCAGUGGGAAACUCAAGAAUAAAGACUGCUAAAAACAAAGCAUCUGACUCAAGUAGAGCUUCAGGUUCUGCUGGACAGCUUACCUUACUCCAUUGUGGUUUCUCUAAAUUGUUUGAAACAAAAUUUAAAGCAGUUGAAGAUAAUGAUGGAAAUAUUGCCUCUGAUGAUGAAAGUUCUGAUGAACAGCCCAUGUGUCUUUCAACAGAAGCCAAAGAUGUUGGUUUUCAGACAAGUCAUGACUCUCUUGGUACUUCAAAACACCAGAAAGUAGCUAACACCCUAAAUCCAAAUGAAAAAUGUAUUUUUGAUAAAAGUGAGAAAAUUUUCAAACAAAAUAUUUCUUCUGAGUCUGAUGAUGAGAAAAAUCUUAAAAAUACAGGUGACCACCAUUGCAUUUUACAGAAUGUCACAGAAUCAGAAGACAGUGAUGUCAUCUUUCCCACACAAUAUACAACUCAGAUAUGCCCUAAGAAUGGUAUAAAGUUUAAGCCACUUGUGGAUGGAUCUCAAGAUUCUGAAACAGAAAAUCCUGUAAAAAUAAGAAAUAAUGGUGAUGAUAGAAAGACUGAUGUCAAAGGAAAUAGACAAAUUGCAAAACAAUUAAAUCCUGAGAACAUGACCCUGAAAUCUAUUAUGAAAAGAAAAAGCAGUAGUGAUAUUAGUGAUGAGUCUGAUGACGUUGAAAUUUCCUCUGAGUCAAGAGUAAGAAAGCGAAGAGCUACUAGUUCUUUGAGGUUUAAGAGAAAAAAGGAAAGUAAAAAGGAGCUUUUCACUUUUCCUAAAACAAUGAAGAAAACAAAUCAACUGUAUACUGCAGAUGGAGAUUGUAACUCGCAGGCUAUUGAUGAUUUUUCAUCCUCAGAUGACAAUUUAACUGUCCGCCACAUCAGUUUCUCUAAACAAAGCCAUACACCAAAAACUAUAAAAGAUAGAAUCAGUUUCUCUUCAAAAUUGCCUAACCAUAAGGAAAAGGACACUUUUAUGCCAAGAAAAUCAGUGAAAUUUUCAAAUGAGAAAGUUGUCAAUCAAGAGCAGGUGUAUGAGUCAAUGGAUAAAUUUUUAGAUGGUGUUCGGGAAGUGGCUUAUAUUCACUCCAACCAGACUGUGAUUGGAUCCAGCAAAGCUGAAAAUCACAUGAGCCGAUGGGCAGCACGGGAUGUGUUUGAAUUGAAGCAGUUUUCCCAGCUUCCCGCCAAUGUAGCUGUUUGCACUUCUAAGACACAGAAAGAAAAAGUGAAGACAGAUACACUGACACAUACAAAGAAAGGUCAACAGCUAAGUGAAGGAAGCAUUUCAUUUCCCCUUUACAUUUCACACCCUGUAAGCCAGAAGAAGAAAAAAGUCUACCGCACAGAUCAGACCACGUUCAUAAUUGGAGAAACGCCAAAAGGAAUCCGCAGAAAACAAUUUGAAGAAAUGGCUUCUUAUUUUAACUUGCCUUCUGUAAAGGAAUUUGCUGAACAUAUAACUAAGGCCACAUCAGAAGAACGACAGAAAAUGCUAAAAGACUUUUAUGCUUCUCAGUAUCCAGAGGUAAAAGAAUUUUUUGUGGAUUCUGCUGCAGAAUUCAUUAAAUCUUCCCCUCAGAAAAGAGAGAGAGUUAGGAAUAAGUCUGAAAAAAGAGAAUCUCUUAUAAAAGAAAGGCCGUCAGAUUCUGAAACUUUGUCAUUUAAAAAUUCUCCCAAAAAAGUUUCUCAAAUUUAUAGCCCAAAAAUAUAUAAAGAAAAAUCUAUUAAGUUUCAAAAUCACAGUUUCCAUAGAGGAGAGGUGCCUUCUAAUGAUGGAGAAACUAACGAAUCACCUAUAAGCUCUACCCAAGAGACUGACAAUGGGAAAAACAGCCAAGCCUCCAAAGACACUGUGGCAUCCUGCUUCCUGAACACUAAGUCUGAAGUAUAUGAGUUAGAGAAAUUAGAAUAUACCAUGAAAGACCAACAAGACCUAAGAAGAACAGGCAUUUCAAGAAAUGAACCACUUUUCAAAGUGGAAAACAGAAAGAUAAAAAAUCCAGAGUUAGGCAACACUUCUGUGGUUGGCUUACUUGGUGACACGUCUAUUCUUGAUGACCUCUUUAGAAGUCAUGGGAAUAGUACCACACAACUGCCAAAGAAAGUUCUUUCAGGGCCCAUGGAAAAAGCAAAACAGAGACCAAAAGAUUUCUGGGACAUCUUGAAUGAACAGAACGACGACAGUCUUAGCAAACUCACCGACUUGGCAAUGAUAGAGACUCUGUGUGAAAAAGUGCCCCUUGCUGCCUCCUCCAAAAGGAAAGAGGAGCUGGAAACUUCACUUUGGAAAUCAAAUGAGAAAUUUUUGUGGAAAAAAUUUAGCUCAAGUGAUACAGAUGAAAACACAACUAAUGUGCAAAAGUAAUGCGUAAACAUACAAUGAGUUACUAUAACCAGUGAAUUUCUGCCACCCAUGUUUACAACACCAUGUUCCACACUAAGUAUGUUACUUUGAACACAGUUUUUAUUAAAUUCUUGCUGUAGGGCUGUUUUAGCCUAAAAGGUUUUUCCUUGAUAUCUGAUUUGAUCUUUUAAAAAUAUGAUUGUAUUAUAGUAUCAUCAUCUUUAUGAAAUAGAAAAAGGUCUAGAUUUGUUAUCAGGAGACCUGGGACAUCUCCCUUACUGUGUAAUUAUGUGCCAGUAGAUAAGUCACUUACUUUGGUGUACAGAUAUUUCCUAAUAUGAAAGAUGAAGGCUUUGAACUCAAGCAACAUUUGUGUCCUUCCAGAUUAAAAAGGCUUUGGUUUACUUUCCCAGAUUCUAUUAAGUCACAGGUCAAAUUACAGUACAUUGAUGUGUUUCUUUCUUACUAGCAUUUAGAAAAUUAACUGUUUUCCUUUUCCCAAAGUAUCAUGUAUUAUUACUAAAUUAUGUCAGAGCAAGUAAUACCUAGUACUGAAUAUAUGAUGUGUUAAAAUAAUAAGUUUAUCACUGCUGAAAAUCAAAGGGUUAAUGUUGUAUAACUGUACUAUAUGAGGUAUGACACCCAAGUGAUCGAACUACUGCCGAUAGCCACAGAACGCAAUGCCUCUCCUCCACUUGUUAUACAACAGUUAAGAUUUAGUCAGUACAGAUUAAGCUGUGUGUAGUACUUUUGUAUGAAGUAUGGAGAAAUGAAGAAACAUUUUAUUUAAAACUGUUCUAUUUUGUUGA